AUGAGAAUCGGAAGCAAUGUUACUGGAAUGAUAUUCAAAUUAUCAAGAUGUCGAUUUCAUACAAGUUCAUAUGUCUUUCAUGAGAAUCCCUUAGGCUUACCUAAACUUGGAAAGGAUGUUCCUAGUAUGCCUCGAAUGAGCAAGGGAUUACCUAUUAAACAAAGAAUUCCUGGUGUAAAUAAAGUGAUUUUAGUUGCAUCUGGUAAGGGGGGUGUAGGUAAGUCUACGGUUUCUGUCAAUCUUGCUGCUUCUUUAAAUAGUUUGGGUAAGAAGGUUGGAAUAUUAGAUGCUGAUAUAUUUGGACCUUCAAUACCGAAAUUAUUAAAUUUAAAUGGAGAACCAAGAUUAACAGAUCAGGGAAAACUAUUUCCACUUUCAAAUUAUGGAAUUGAAUCAAUGUCAAUGGGAUAUUUAGUUCCACCUGAAAAUGCUAUAGUGUGGAGAGGCUUGAUGGUUAUGAAAGCACUUCAACAAUUAUUAUUUGAAGUUCAAUGGUCCAAUUUGGAUUACUUAGUUAUAGAUAUGCCUCCAGGUACGGGAGAUACUCAAUUGACUAUAAGUCAACAAUUAAAGGUUGAUGGAUCUAUCAUAGUUAGUACUCCACAAGAUAUUGCAUUAAUAGAUGCUAUUAAGGGAAUACAUAUGUUUGAGAAGGUAAAUAUUCCAAUAUUGGGAUUGGUUCAGAAUAUGAGUUUCUUUUGUUGCCCUAACUGUGGUCAUGAAUCUCAUAUUUUUGGGUCUGAUGGGGUUCUUAAAGAAGCAAAACGUAAAAAUUUCGAAGUUCUUGGCUCAAUUCCUCUAAAUGAAGAAAUAUGUUUACAAUCUGAUAGUGGGAAACCUAUAGUUAUAGCUAAUCCCCAAUCACCAGCAUCGUUAGCGUAUAUAAAUAUAGCAAAGACAAUAAUGUCAAAUUUAGAUAGUACAUAG